AUGGUACCUCGCGUGACUCUGCUGGACUCUCAUGUACUCGAUGAUCACAUUUCCAAAAUAUUCAUUGGCCAGACCUUAAAGGUUUUUCAGUACUUACCGUCAUGGAUUUUAAACAAUUGCGAGUUGGAAAUAAAUUUGGUAUUAAAAUUCUUAAUGACAUAUUAUUCUGUGACAAAAUCAAAAGCAACAUUUGGUCAACAAAUGCUUGGAAUUAGAUUCAAACCAGACCAGCUGACUGAUACAAAGUUGGUUCUGUUUCAACUGUUUACGGUAGGAGCAGAGUACAUACAAUCAAAAGUAGAAAGUCCAUCAAACAAUUUUAUAAACAAUAUUUCUAACCUACAAUUAAUUGUUGAUGUUUUGAAAGCGGGUUCUUUCUUGAAUUUUCUGCUCUUCCUGCAACAAGGCAAGUACCCGACAUUAACUCAAAGGUUUUUAAGUCUUUCACAAGAGUCAACCCGCAAACGAAAUAUUGAAUACACUUAUAUGACAAGAGAACUGCUGUGGCAUGGUUUUUCUGAGCUGUUGUUAUUCACAUUGCCUCUGAUCAAUUAUCAGUCUUUGAAACAUAAAAUAUCCAGAGUAAUGCAUUUUGCACCACGCAAAGAAGAUUUCAAAGAAAGACAGCCGCUCAUGUUUCCUGUGUCGGUGUGUAGUAUUUGUCGAGAGAGACCUGUGUUACCACAUCACCUUAAAUGCUCUCAUGUGUUUUGUUACUACUGUAUAAGUUCAAAGAGAAUGGUUGAUGAAAAAUUUGAAUGCCCCGAGUGUCAUCAUUUCGAACAAAAUGUAAUACCUGUGAUAUUGAUCAAUAAAGUUAAUAUAAGCUCAUAA